AUGGACCAACUCUCCUUCGCCGCCAGCGGUACGGAAAUGCAGUACCUGCAUCCGGGUCGCCUUAGCGACCAGAGCUCAAGGACAGCCAUAUCCACUGACCAGGGCCGCUCCAAGUCCGAGCAACUGCUUCAAGCCAUCCUUGACGCACUGAAGGACAACAAGGCGUCGCAUGCUGGUAUCGCGCCUGCCAAGACAGAUACCAAGGACUUUGUCCCUUCUCCUUCUCCUCCUAAAGUGCACCAACCUGUCAUUCCCCAGUCCAACCCCUCUCGACCUUAUCUACCUCGAGGGACUUCAACCACGAGCUCUGGUUCCUCACACUCGACAUCAGGCUGCGGCGACGAGCAGUUUUACCAGCAACUCUUCACGGCCGUGGUGGCCUUCGCCGCGUUCGGCGGGUCCAUCACCUUUCAAUGCAUCUUCCAGACCAUGCCCGACACGACGGAGAACAAACACAUCACGCCCAAGCGAGCUCGAACAUUCAUCGCGAUCAGUUGGCUGCUCUUCACGAUGGACCUGAGUCUCAGCAGUAUCGUGCUCGCGGCCUUGUAUGUGUGCAAGACGAGGUCGGCAAGAGAGGGAGAGCAUACGCGGACCUGGCACAAACCACUUCAUCGUGCUAUGAACCUUAUCGCAGCACUGGUUCUACCUCUGGGGUCUGUUGCCGCGUUGAUAUUUGCGGCGCUUGCCGUUUCCGUCCUCUCUCUGGCAGUGGGCGAGACGGCGCUGGUAUCGGUCGCGGUGUUGGGCGGCUCUAUUGUUCUGUGGUGGUUCAGUUUCUGUAUAAGGUACUGCUACAGACAGAGAAAAGGCCACAGCCCGGCAUGA